AUGAAAGCAAAACACGACGUAAAGUACUCGCAACUCGACAUGAAACCCGUCGUUAUCGAACGUGUGGUUCGCCAAGAACGACAAAAACCUGUUCAAGGUUUGGGCAUCUUCAAAUGGUUGAUGCUGAUUUUAGCAGUUUUUGCGGUUAUGAUGGUUUGGAAGCAUAAAAUGGUGAGAUUUCAAGUAGAAUUUGGCGAUAUAGCGAUGGAAAAGGCUGAAAAUAAUGAAAAAAUUGAUAAAAAUUUGUUGAAUUUUAAUUCAGAAGUUGCUUUUAAGCGUUACAAUUUGACGUAUAAUCAUGGAAAGAGAGUUAAAGGCGACAGAUUAAUUUACCAUUUGCGAAAACAUCACGUUUUUCCGCACAUUCGUAACUUUUCCUUCGCUAUUCGUUAUCCAAAGCGCAGGCUUUUGGGCAGAGCAACAAUCUCCGCAAUCAAGCUCAAUGUGCUCCAAACAUCGAAAGCUGGACAAGCGAUCAUUAGAGGCGGCGGCGUCGGUUAUCGCAAUGUCACCAUGGAUGUCACUUCCUACAAUACGACACAAUGCAGAUACACAAUUCGCAUUUACGGGGUGAAUAAGCGGCAGUGAGUCAUUUUUCAUUCGCGUGCAAUAAGUGAUAAUAUGGUGUUGUUAUCAGGGAUCAGCAGUUGUCGUUUCUUGACUCGCACGACGACGAC